AUGACUGCUUUUAUGCCUUUGCCACUCUACUCUUCACAACUCUCCUAGCUCCGAUGGCCGCUGCUGUCAUUUGUUCCCUCUCUGUCUCCUCUCCUCUACAUCCCAACAAAACCCCGAGCAUUUUAGUCCCAGAAAACUCUCUCCCCAACCUUCAAGUCUCCCCCAAGAGCCGCACGCUCCUACCACGUCCUUUUCUCUGCUCCCGAAACAGCCCCAUCUUGCACAGAUGCGCGUCAGUUUCCGGCAAAAACCUCUCCGCUGCUCCACCGUGCACAGGAAAUUAUGAGUUUUCUGAUGGCGCCACAGAAGUGGAGCUAAGAUUCGAUAUAUCAGCCCUUGGUGUUGAGAGCUCCGAUGACAUAUUUGUUGAUUUGGACGAUAGUUCUCUGCUAAUUAGGGUUAAAGCUUCUGGUACUCUUAGAACCCUAAUGCAAACGGAUUGCUUGUUUGAGAGGGUAAAACCAGCUGAAACUAUCUGGUACAUUGAUGAGGAUCAACUGGUUGUGAACCUAAAGAAGCGUGAGGCAGAACUCUGGUGGCCCGAUGCCAUGGAAUCCUGGGAUUCCCUCAGAUUAGGGGCUCCACAGCUCCUUAAAGGAACGUCAAUCUACGUCAUUGGAGAAUCCACAGAAAUUAAUCAAGAAGUUGCUAAAGUACUUGCUGUUGGCAUCGGGUAUGCAGUUUUUACUUGUAAAUUUUAUUUGGGCAUUUACAUGAUGACCAUUUAA